AAUGUUAUUAUUGUCAUUGGAGGAGAUGACAACUACAAAAACGAAGAGGAGGAAGAGCGAUCAUUUAUCUCGCCCUGGGCCCGAAGAAUUGUCUUUGUACAGUUCAACGAAGAAUAUUUGGAUGGCAGGAAAAGCUUCGUCUUUUCCUGGGGCGAAAAACACAGGCAAAUUCACGUGGAAGCUCUGAUGCAUUUUUUUGAUGCAGACAAGAAUGGUGAAAAGUUUAAAUAUCAGUUGCCAAUAAAAGCAGACCCUACCUUGCAGCCCGGACGGAAAACCCGGGUUGAAUCCAUUCCAGCAGAAGCGGAGGAGAACAAAUGCCCCUCAGAUAUUGGGAAAAUUACACAAGGAACGGGUGCUUCUAUUACUUUUUCAAUUUAAUUUAUCGCAUUUUUCGCUCACCAGACCGGCAUUAGAUCCCUGAAACGCAAGUGACAAGGGAUAGGGGAUGGUUGAGCCGCUCGCCCUUUAGCAGUUGACACUCGUGUCAUUUCGCAUUAUCCAUCCAAUAAAAGUAGGAGAGAACAAAGGUUGAGGAACAGUGCUCUUUUUUUUACGAGUGAGGUCGCGGGAUCGAUCCUUUCCCGGAAUGCAGGGUUGACCACAUACAACAGCUACUUGCAAGACCUUUUAAUCCUUUUAUCGAUUCUAGUGGUUUUGUUUGCAGUUUGUGUUUAGUCGUUCGCAGGAGCCCAUAACUUAGAGCGAGUAACUCCCAUACUAGGCCUAUGUCAUGGCGUUUUUAUGGACCAGUUUAUUUUUAAACACAAUUUAGGGCACUUUUUCCUGCGAAAAUAGAAUCUCCGUCAGGUCUAUGAGCGAAUUCGAAGUACAUGAUAUCAAAAGGAAAACUAAACGUGACUAAAAGGCGAAAAACAUGAUAUCAUUUUCAGGUCUGUAGGUUUUGCUUUUGUAGGAAUUUAACGGAUAUUCAAAAUUCGCGCCAAAACCGUUCUAAUUAAGAAUAAACUGGUCCGUGAAAACGCCGUGACACGAGCGCAUGGAAGUUGCUUGCUCCGGGUUAUGGGCUUCUGUCGUUCGUUAGUUUUUUCUUCACUAUUCUUUCAACCAUCAUAAACCGAUGGAAGCAAUUCGUACCUUGUUCUCCUGUAGUCUUGGCAGUGCAUUAAAGUAAUUAGAGGUGCCGCUGUUUUUUGCUUUCACCUACAGGCUUGGCAGGUCUCGGUUUUAGCGUAGGACUGAAAAUUCCUUCUUAUGGACAAAGGGAUCAAAGUUACAAAACUGGGAGCGGAGCAGAUAUCGGAAGCCAAGGGGCUGGGCCUCAAAGGGCUAUAGGAUCAACAAUGGUUCCAAACUCUUUGAACUCAUCAGGCGAAAGGCUCUCCUCUAUGGGAGAGACACAGAUUCCUUCAAGGGAUAAAGGUCCAGAAUUCAGUGAUAGAGGCAUUGGUAGACCUGGCAUCCAAAGCCAAGGGGCUAGACCCAAGGAAACAACGUCGUUCACAAAACAGCCACUUGAAACUAAUGGAGGUUAG